GCCUUGGUGAGCGUCAUCACCAAGGAGUACGAGGAUGCUGUCAGCAUCGCCAUGGCUGUGCUCAUUGUGGUCACCGUCGCCUUCAUCCAGCAUAAGAGAAGGAAAACUCCAGCACCUGCUCGCACGAGAACUGGUACCUGGAGACAUCGUGUCUCUCUCCAUCGGAGACCGGAUCCCUGCGGACAUCCGACUUACGGAGGUCACAGACCUCCUGGUGGAUGAAUCCAGUUUCACCGGAGAAGCCGAGCCGUGCAGUAAGACGGACAGCCCCUUGAGUGGCGGGGGGGACCUCACCACCCUGAGCAAUAUUGUCUUCAUGGGGACCCUGGUGCAGUACGGGAAGGGGCAGGGAGUCGUGAUUGGAACAGGGGAAAGGUCUCAGUUCGGAGAAGUGUUUAAGAUGAUGCAGGCUGAGGAGACGCCUAAAACUCCUCUACAGAAAAGCAUGGACAGUCUGGGGAAGCAGCUGACACUGUUCUCAUUUGGCAUCAUCGGUCUAAUCAUGCUGGUUGGCUGGUUGCAAGGAAAGCAGCUCCUCAGUAUGUUCACGAUUGGGGUCAGCCUGGCUGUGGCAGCCAUUCCAGAGGGUCUGCCCAUCGUUGUCACAGUUACACUGGUCCUGGGAGUGCUGCGGAUGUCCAAGAAGCGGGUCAUUGUGAAGAAGUUACCGAUCGUGGAGACUUUAGGUUGCUGCAAUGUCAUCUGUUCUGAUAAGACAGGGACUCUGACCGCCAACGAAAUGACAGUGACCCAGCUUGUAACGUCUGAUGGGCUCCAUGCCAAGGUCAGUGGAGUUGGGUAUAACGGCAAUGGAACUGUGUGUCUUUUACCAUCAAAGGAAGUAAUUAAGGGAUUUUCCAACGUCUCAGUGGGGAAAUUAGUGGAGGCGGGCUGUGUCGCCAACAACGCGAUCAUCAGAAACAACAGUGUGUCGGGACAGCCCACGGAGGGUGCCUUGAUCGCCCUGGCAAUGAAGAUGGACUUAAGUGAUAUUAAAGAUUCAUACGUGAGGACAAAAGAGAUUCCAUUCAGCUCAGAGCAGAAGUGGAUGGCAGUAAAAUGCAGCCCGAAGAAUGAGGAUCAGGAAGAUGUUUACUUCAUGAAGGGGGCCUUUGAACAGGUGAUUUGUUACUGCACCAUGUACAAUAACGGGGGCAUCGCCCUGCCGCUGACGCCCCAACAGAAGGCCUUCUGGCUGCAGGAGGAGAAGAGGAUGGGGUCUCUUGGUCUGCGGGUGCUGGCCCUGGCUUCUGGGCCUGAGCUGGGGAGGCUGACAUUUCUGGGUCUCGUGGGCAUCAUCGACCCACCGAGGGCUGGCGUGAAGGAAGCGAUACUGGUUCUCUCUGAGUCAGGCGUGUCCGUGAAGAUGAUAACAGGAGAUGCCCUGGAGACGGCCUUGGCGAUAGGCAGAAGCAUCAGCCUGUGCAGCGGGAAACUCAGCGCCAUGUCGGGGGAAGAGGUGGAGUGUGCGGAGCCGGGCCAGCUGGCUGGCCGCGUCGGGCAGGUGUCUGUGUUCUUCAGGACCAGCCCAAAGCACAAGCUCAAAAUCAUAAAGGCUUUACAGGAGUCAGGGGCGAUCGUGGCCAUGACGGGGGAUGGGGUGAACGACGCAGUUGCCCUGAAGUCUGCAGACAUAGGGAUCGCCAUGGGACAGAUGGGGACAGAUGUCAGUAAAGAGGCCGCCAACAUGAUUCUGGUGGAUGAUGACUUCUCGGCCAUCAUGAAUGCAGUGGAAGAAGGCAAGGGGAUUUUUUAUAACAUCAAAAACUUUGUCCGCUUUCAGCUGAGCACGAGCAUCUCGGCCUUGAGCCUCAUCACUCUGUCCACCAUGCUCAACCUGCCCAGCCCCCUCAAUGCCAUGCAGAUCCUGUGGAUCAACAUCAUCAUGGACGGGCCACCGGCACAGAGCUUGGGGGUAGAGCCAGUUGACAAAGACGUCCUCAGGCAGCCACCACGGAGCAUCAAGGACACGAUCCUCAGCAGAACCCUCAUCCUGAAAGUCCUCAUGUCCGCGGCCAUCAUCAUCAGUGGGACCCUGUUCAUCUUCUGGAAGGAGAUGCCUGAAGACAAGGCGAGCAGUCCACGCAGCACCACGAUGACCUUCACGUGCUUUGUACUCUUUGAUCUCUUCAACGCUUUGACCUGCCGCUCUCAGACCAAGUUGAUAUUUGAUAUUGGCUUUCUCAGUAACCGCAUGUUCCUCUAUUCGAUCCUUGGCUCGAUUCUGGGGCAGCUGGCCGUCAUUUACAUCCCGCCCCUGCAGAAGGUCUUCAUGACGGAGAACCUGGGUGCGCUUGAUUUGCUGUUUUUAACUGGAUUGGCCUCAUCAGUGUUCAUUUUGUCAGAGUUCCUCAAACUAUGUGAAAAAUACUGCUCCAGAGCCAAGGAGGUCCAGACGCACCACAAUGAUGAAUAGUGGACCCACCCGUGUCCUUUCCCUAAGACAUCUAUAUUCUUAUGUGACUGUGGCCUUCCCCUUGCUGUGGUGUACACUCUUCAGAGGGAGAUGUUUAGAACACUGUGGCAUGAGGUCACCCACUUGAUGCUUCCUCUCGGGAAGCCUGCAGAAACCUCGCGGCUGCGCUCUGGAGGCCCAGCCCGGGUCCAUUCACCCCUCUCCCCCGCCGGGCUCCGGGACAU